GGAUCUUAGGAGUAAUGGUGACUGGGACCAAGCUAUGCCCCUGGAGAGGGUAGCCUGGUGACUUUUUACCCUGGCUCUCAGCCUGCCAGAGGCUCAGUCCUCCAAAGUGGAUCCCCUAAUACUGACCCCGGAAAGACAGAGGAAGGUGAUUUCAGAUGCCCCAGCCCCGCCUCUUCCCCUGCCUUCCUGGCUUCCUCUCUAGAGAGCACUUUCACUUCCUGCUGCUCUGGCUCCCCUCGGAACAGCUGAGCAGCCUUGAGUCUUGUCUUCCUCCAUGCCAGAGGCCAGAGCAUGGCUCACUGGUGCCUGGCAGCAUGAGGCUAGCCCAGCCGGACAUGGUGUCUGCAGCCCCUACUGAAGUGGACAGGCUGGUUUGGCCACUAGCGGAUGGAGCAGACAAGAGCCCACUAGGGGUCCUCAGCACCACAGAGCCACUUCUUCGACUGCAGAGGACACAGAGAGUGUGGGAGGUCCCCGAGCUGGAUGCUCAGUAUGCCAAGGCCUUUCUAGAGCUGUGGCCACUGGGGAGCUUCCUGGUCAUCGGACAUGAGCCUGGCCAGGUCCUGAUGUUGAAGGCAGGACCUUCUUCAGGAGAUAUCAACACCUAUCAAAUUCAGAGGUUUCCUGGAGGUGUGUCCCUGGAAUCCUCCAACCUCUGCAUGCCCGACUGUCCCCAUCUCCUGGCCUUUCUGUCAGCCAGCAGGGACGUUUUGCCAAGGACCCUGCUCUUGCCCACGCCUACUGUGGGGGCUGGAGAUAAUCACUCAGCCCCCAGGAAGCCCACCCCACACCGGGUCUCCUGGGUGGAAGACCCUUUGAGACCGGAAGCUCACCAUACUGGACAGGAAGUGCAUCAUCCUGGAGCAGACGCUCACUCCCUUGGGUCGGAAGUGCACUUUUCCUGUCCUGCUCUAGAAGAGGAGGAAGUGAACAACGACUGCUACAAAGAUGAAGACGAGGAAGGUUGCGAGGAUAUGCUCACUGCCCACAUCCGUGCUCUGGCCAGGACCCGGAGCAGCUAUGUAGCCAGGCAGUACCGAUGCCUUCGGGCACGCCUCAUCUCAGAUUCUGGAAAUCCCUACAGCCCAGGGGACCCGGCCACAGAGCUGCUUCAGGAUGUGCGCCAGCUCCUCACUGACCUCCAGAAUUACCUGGCAAAAGACCCCGACGUCAGAGCUGUCUUUGGGAACAGGGGACCUAGCAUCCUUCGGGAAGAAGAUCUUGGCCCCGCUGUGGAGGUGGCCCUGUGUCGAGCGGUUCUAGAGCCCCUGAAGCCCGCCCUGUGGACCAAACUCCGAACUCUCAGAGCCCAGGAACUACGACGACUGCGCAGGCGCCAAAUAGCCUUGAGGGUAGGAGCGGGGCCUGAGGGACAGAGCCCGGCCUUGCGGAACCGGAACCGUAUCCACGCACGCCUUGCUCACUUGCAUGCGGCGUGCGCCCCGCGCCGCAAGGUGGCGCUGUUGCUGGCGGUGUGCAGCGACGUCUACGCGGGCCUAGGCGGUGGCGAGAAUAAAGAGCCCCUGGGGGCUGACGCCUUUUUACCUGCCCUGACCGAGGAGCUGAUCUGGAGUCCACAUAUUGGGGAAACACAGCUGGAUGUGGAGUUUCUUAUGGAGCUCUUGGAUCCAGGGGAGUUGCGAGGAGAAGCUGGGUAUUAUCUGACCACGUGGUUUGGGGCUCUCUACCACAUUGCUCACUACCAGCCAGACACUGGCCGUGCACCCCAGGGGCUCAGCUCCGAGGCCCGGGCCUCCCUGCGCCAGUGGCAUCGAAGACGGACACUGCACCAGCAAGCCCAGCCCACAGCCCAGGCCAACCAGCCUUUUGAGGAGCCAUGGGCAAUAGGGGACCCAUGAAAACUGGAGUUCUCAAACCCCAGUCACUUCCGAACCUUUUGACCCACUCCUCUGCUAAGCAAGAUUCUGGAGGCAUCUGGGUCAGCAUGGAGGGCAGGGCAGGAAAGGAGACGUGCCUCCUGCAAUGUCUUACUUCCUCCUCCUCAAUUCACCUCCUUCGGGUCUGUCCAGAUGUUACCUCAACGAGGCGCUCCCCAGCAAACAAAACCCACACCCAGACAGUACUACAACUACAACCCUCUCGCCUGAAUCUCUUUGGGGCAGGUAGAAUAAAGGCACCGUCCCCAAAGGUGUCUUCAUCCUGAUCCUAUCUGUGACUGUGACACUUAACUUGGUCAAGUGAUCGUUACAAAAAUGACAGCAUGUCUGGACCUGAGAUGGGAGCUUAUUCUGGAUUCUUCUGCAGCUCAUGUAGUUAGGAGGGUGGCAGAGGUACAGGGACCAUCAUGAGCUUACGCCUCCAGCUAUACAGCAGAAUGAGGUGGAAAAAGUACUUGAGGCCAAGACCAUGAGGACACUGUGGCACUGAAACAUAGUAGGUGUUUAGGAACACCUAUGUGCCUUGAAAACAUAUCACUGCCCUAAUCUCUGUGACCGUAUUUGGCAAAAGUGUUUGUGCAGCUAUUAUUAUUAUUUUUGUUGUUUUGGUUUUUCAAGACAGGGCUCCUCGGUGUAGCCCUGGCUGUCCUGGAACUUGCUGUGUAGACCUGGCUGGCCUCGAACUCAGACAUCAGGGAUUAAAGGUGUGUGCCCCCACCACCCAGCUCGUUCAGCCAUCAUUGAAGAUGAUAAAAUGAGGGACAGUGCCCCGGGGACUGUGUCUGUGACUCCAGGAGCACCCACGCCAUGCGGGAGACAAGGAGAACGAACGGAUGGGAACAAGAGAGACGGGAGAUGCUGGGCUACUCCAGGAAAGCUUCUCCCCACUGCCACCCCCCCUCUGAGAGCUGCAGAAGUCAUGGGGCCCUGCUGUCAACCUGGUUUCUGUGAGAUUAGUGAUGUCAGAACUCUGACCUCCAGAAUUGUGAGCAAAUAAAUUCCUGCCGUCUUAAGACACCAAGGUGGUAAUAAUAAUAAUAAUCAAUAAAAUUUAAAAUGUACUGACGAGCAA